AUGCAACUGAAAACGGGCCUUUUCCUUGGCUUGGCGACGUUUACUGCCCUAGCUGCGUCUUCUCCUGAUGAUGAUGGGGAGGACCUCGAAAAGAGGCAGUUCGCUUCUGGACCUCAAUGCUUCUGUUGCUCAGGCCCUGUAAUUCCCGAACUUGCCGGAACGAAAUGUGCACGAAGAAGCAACUGUGCAACUGCAUGUGCGAGCGACAAGCGACCCCUCAAAUGCCCCAAUGGCGCUAUCUUCUGGCCACCAACUGGAGCUUCUAUUUCCGUUCUCUGCCAGAAGGGAGACCAACCAUCAGCUGUUCCAGUGCCGUAG